GUUUUAGAAACUUAGGUUAUUGUAAGGGAUAUUUUUUCCUCAUAGGCAUCACUGCAUCUUUUUUUUCCCAUUAUUAUUUUCAAAAUAAUGGGGGGUAGCAAUUCCAAAAGUUAUUGGGAGAGGGACGAAGAUGCGCUCAAUUGUAAUGCGUGUGGCGACACUUUUGCGCUUACGUUACGCAAGCACCACUGCCGAAAUUGUGGAUAUAUUUUUUGUAGAAAAUGUUCACGCGGUCGAUGUCCUAUUACUAUUCGAUGUAUGAAGGACCCGGUUCGUGUGUGCGACGCAUGCUAUCGCACAUUAACAGGCCAAGAUAACAUUGCACGUGAGACUUCUGUUUUGUCGGCUGACAGUGAAACACCCAGAGUUAUAGACGAACCAGGAAAUGCUUCGCUGUGGCUAAAGAGCAACGACAACUAUAAAAACAUAAAUGCAAGCCGAACCGCCGUUGGACCAGCAGGGCAAAACAGCAGUAAUAAUGCGUGCACCACGGAUGUUGUGCAUCUCUCUGGUAAAGAGCAAACAGCAGAGGAUGAAGUGUAUCGGCAAGAUCUCUAUAGCAACUACAACGCUUUUAAUCUUCAUCAUACCCCCUCCGCUCAGGAAUGGACCAGUAUGUCUAAGACCAUGGAACAGCUUGAGCUCGAGACACUAAUUCGACGAUGGGCUACCGUGCGACAGCAAACACGUUUUUUGGAUGUGUCAAUGCAACACGCUGAACGUGUGGAACCUGAUACUUCAGUAGAGUACAGCCGGGAAACUGAAAACAUUACGCUGCAACCAGAGAUUCCACAUCAUGCCCUUGCGUGCAGCUUGCUACCUUAUCCAAAGGCUGCCAAGGAAGGUAUUCUACUUCUUCUUGGAUCCGUAAAACCUAUGCAUGUUAGUUUAUUAUCCAACAAUAUCCUGAUAGAGAAUGCUGCCGCCUCUAUAGCUCAGCGGCUUACUUCCGCACACGUUUUCCAGAGUGAAAUAAGACCUAUAUCAAAUUCAGAAUUUUCAGAAAGUUGA